AGCCGGCGUAGCUCGGAGGUGGAGGUUGCGCUUAUGCGCCCUGUAAGCACAGCUGGCUAAUAGCCUCGGAGCCCGUCCCCGACACCCUGCAGCCCACACCAGAUUAGCAGUUGGCGUGACAUGGAUGUGAGCUUCACGAACGUGUUAGAGGGGGCUCGCCAGUACUUCCAGGGACUGCCCGUACCGAGUACAGGUAGUGGCGCGGCCACGUCGGUGGAUCACAAUCUCCACUCGACAUCCUCCACGAAUCCCGCCUCGUCCACGUCGGCGACAACGCAUGAUCAUGAUGCACCGUCGCAGCCGACACAAUCAACUCAGUCAAUUUCGACUUCCGCCAAUAGCAGCAGCAGCAAUAGCAAUGUUCAGGAGUCGAAUCGUUACCCUACCGACGUUAGACCUUCGUCGUCCGUGGAGAGUAGCAAUGCGACUGCCGGAUCUAGCUUCUGGAAUCCACACGUGGAGCCAUAUGCGCCGCAGCCGACCAGGGUCGAAGUCCCGGAUACGAGGCCAGGCGACGAAGGCUCCGCCAUGGAGCCCAGCUCCUCCUCGGGCACUGUCACUUUAACCGAGAUGCAGCCUUCGAAUUAUCAAUUCUCCUCCUCCUCCUCCUCCGCCGCUGCCGCAUCAUCGUCGAAUUUUUCGCAGAGACCGCCACUAACGUCAUCAUCAUCGUCGACCACCUCGUCCUCCAGCGAUCACAAUCAUCACCAUCAUCAAUCUCAUCUUUCAACGUUGAACUCGUCAUCGCAUUUGCAUCAGAUGCAACCGCCCCAACCGCCACAUUCCCCUGGACCAGUGUACCAGCAACUUAGUAAUGUCAGCAGGACGUCCUUCAGUGCGGCAGAGAUGCUCGCCUCUUCCUCAUCGCACUCCGCUUCAACGUAUCAGACCGCCAAUAACGAUAGGCAAUCGCAGCCGAUCGUUGUCCAGAGGACUCAGUACUACCCACGCUACCAUCACCCAGACAUCACGAAAUGCGCACCGGCUCCGUAUUCGCAGAGUUCCAUUUAUCAGUCCGCCAAUGUAGCGCAGCCUCCGAGUAUGGUUCAACAACCGAGCACAAGACCGACGCCAAUAGAGCAGAAUAAUACGACAGCAUCAUCCAACGUCGUUACUCAAGGACAUUGUCCGCCAGAACAGCAACGAAUACCUGGUACUUAUGGCAACAACAUGCCACUCGCUCAGAGUUCUCUCAACGGAUCUUCGGUGUAUGGAUCUGGUUCCUCCUCUUCAUCCUCUCAGAGUUAUCGUCCCACGAACCAGUAUCAGCAGCAGGCCCAUCGUCUGACCGCUUCUACUUCGAGCGUCAACGACAGGUCUCAUAGUUCGGAUGGAUUGCACUCUUCCACCGCCGCUUGCUCUUCAUCGUCGCAGGCGGUCAGUCCGCGUCAGCCUGGACUAGGAAGCUCCUCCUCCAAUCACAUUCCUUUGCAAUCGCAGUCGCAGAAUCUUCCGGGUCACAUUCCUUCACCGCAUCUGCCGUCCGCUGCCACCUCGGUACAUUAUCAUCAUCAUCAGCAGCAGCAGCAGCAGCAACAGCAACAUCAACAAUCGUCGUCUCUACAGCAGCAACAGCAGCAGCAGCAACAGCAACAGCAUCCUAGUCGUAUAAAUGCAUCGCCACACUCGCACGGUUCCUCAUAUGGAGGUCGCAUAAUGUCGCUGCCACCGCACGGUGUUCCAUCGUCAUCCUCCUCUGUCGCCAUGACGGCGAACCAUUCGCAGCAGCAACAGAUGCCACCACCCCCGAGUGGAUAUCACGUAGGAACGACGCCGUCGCCGCAUCAUGAACCGUCACCACGUCACGCUACUCCGUCGCCGCAUCACGCGACUCCGUCGCCACAGCGGCAGUCGCCCCACGUAUCCAGCCUGCACAAUCCACAUGCCUCCCCGUCUCCUCAUCAUACACCCUCGCCGCACAACAGCUUCCAGCCGCAUUCGCCGACUUAUCCACCACCACCGCCUCCGCCACCGCCACCGCAGCAGCAGCAGCAACAGCAGCAGCAGCAGCAGCAGCAGCAGCAGCAGCAGCAGCAGCAGUCGUCGGCUUCGUCAAGGUCGACAUCACAAUCGUACAAUCUGCCACCGGUUACUUCGCAACACUAUCAAACGAAUUACGUGGCGGCGGUUCGUGACGCGGCGAUGGGGUUGCCUUACGCACCGCCGCCACCGUCCCAGUCUUCGUACCAUUCCUUCCAGAAGAACCCACAACCGGAGUCGCAGGGGAAUAACUACUACUCUCAACCAAGUCGGUCUCACAAUCAGUCUUACAGUAUGCAGCAGAUGCUAGUACCGCAGACAGUAUACCCUAACACUCCCGGUAACAAUAAUCUAGGUAGCUACCAGCAAAAUGUCAGCAAGCACGCGACAUAUAACGGCGCGGAUGCUACGAAGAGAGGGGCGAUUGACGUUACAACGAUACCUCCUUACGGUACGCAUCGGUCACCCACGCAGAGGAGUGGUAACACGCAUAACCUGCCGCCUAUCGCCGCUCUUUCGUCUUAUCAUUCCAACAGGCGAGAACUAUUGGGAAAAUCGGCGCAAGCAACAAUACGACAACGAAUACAUUCGACGAAUGCAACCAACAAAGUCUCGUCCGUCGUGAUGCCCCCCUCGUCUAUAACGAUGCCUCCUCAGAGGCUUGCUGAGUAUCCAAUGACUCCGGUCUCGGCUAUAAACCACGCGAUACCGGUGAAUGGUAGAACAACCACUGUGACGAACAUGACGUACGGUUCGCGAUAUACUGGCCAACAAAGCUAUCCAUCAUCGACGUAUGCCACCACAAUAGCGCCCAGUCAUCAUGGUAACAAUUCCGCUACCGGUACUACAGUAACGACUAUCAGUAAUCAUGGUGGUUCAGGUGGUGCGAGGUCUUCCGUUCCAUCGAUCCACGCGUAUCAGUCUUCCGACGAGUCAGAUCGGUCAGCGGGAUCGUCGACAUAUCAUCAGCCAACGACACGAAUUACGGCCGAGGGCUAUGCCUAUAAAGAACAUCCUUAUCAGAAUCCAGCGUCAUCCGGUAGUCAAGCGACAUCGGUCGCCACUAUGGCAAGUUCUCCGUCGCCGAGUAACGCGGUUCGGAAGAGAGAAUCUCCUCUGGACUUGUCCGUAAAAACAGUUAAGACAUCGGCUGAUUCUACGGCGCAGGAUGAUCUUGAGACUAUCAGCACCGACAAACAUGUCAGUAGCUCAAAUCUGAGUUCAUCUAGGAACAAUGUGAACAGGCCGAUGCCACCUCCGGCUGUCGUGCAUCAAUCAGCACCGGCACAACCGUCGUACGCGUCGUCGUACGCGUCGUCGUACGAUAGGCCUUCGAGUAACAGUUCGAGGAAUUCCAUGCAGGUGACCUGCGUUCGGGCAUCGACACCGCAAACGGUGUGCGCGCCCAAAGUCGACUUUUUGCCAGAUUUUACUUCGACGCCCCUACGUCAAUCGCAUCACGACAGUUCUCUUCGCAGAAGUACUGCGCAGCAUCCGCAGCAGCUUUACGUCCCAUCCGCCCAGCCUCUCUCAUCCCAUCAUACCAACGCCUCUCCACUGCCUCACAUGUCCACGUUCAAGAAACGUCCACUGCCCACGUCGCCGUACGACAGUCUGACGGUACCACCGCCACCGUCGUCCUCAUCGUCAUCAACGUCUGCGUCUUCAUCGUACCUUCAAACGAAUGAUUCUGUGUCCUCGAGGUUUUCCAAGUAUCACUCGAUGAUGGAUUCAUCUCCGCGACUUGGCCCGCCCACAUUGCCCGCACAAGAUUACCCACCCGACUCGAGCUACUAUUUAGCGGACAGUAGGGCAAAGUUCGAUCAGCAAUUUCCUCAGCGCGAACGACCACUCAAAAGAGCUGGAGAGGCGAUUUACGGUAUAGGGAACCCUAACAAACAGGCCAGAGCUGCUUGGCGAGUACCGAGUACCGACAAACAAAUUGUUGAAUCGAAACUAUCGACUACAGGUGCGCAGAACGAACAGCAAAAACGGCAAGAGAUGAAUUUGUCGGUUCCUCUGCCAAAUGGAGCUCUGACGACACCUGGCGAUCACAGAACCGAUAAUAAUGGUAGUUAUUCGACGCCAGAAUCCAGAUAUCAAUCGGUAUACUGUGAUAAAAGGACCUAUCCGGAGUCCAAAAUCAUACGCAGUUCGCCGUCGUCGUAUAAUCAUCCAGUUAUUUCGAAAUCCGCGAGUGUACACCCAUUACCGCAACAAUUGAGCAGUGCACAACUUACCUAUCCAAAUUAUCGCCAGUCAAUUCAGAAGAUGGCAUGUCCCUCGAGCGGGAUGUCCAGUGGCCAAUCGAUAGAUCAACCUAGCAAUACUGGUGCCGACAAGAGGGUGCUCAACUUGCUGAGGAACAGCUUGGAAAAUAAGCAACAAAGGGAUGAACAGCUCAAUAGUCAGCAGCCUAUUUUGGUUAAUCACAAUCAACAGAGCUUCCAGAAUAAGGUCGUCGCGCCAGUCGAGCCCAAGAGCAUCGGCAGGCACAAUCUGUCACCAUUCACGGCGGCGAGUUUGCUCGAGCGUAACAGCAACACACCGCCACAUUACAAGUUGCACGUUCCGCGAGCAAUAGACUCGAUCACUCAGGAAGUGCCACGUAGCAUGUAUGCCUCAAGAGUGAACGCAUCUGCCACGCUACCCGGCAAGGAAGCCUCCCUCGCGGGACCACGUGGCGCCGAGAACCAAAUCCAUCGUGACAAGGACGACGGUCUUGCCGCUAUCUUAGCUGCGAAGAUCAGGACGAAGGCGGAACUGAAACAAGUCGGAACCGGCCAAUUUACAACGAAAGCAUCCUCCAUACCUCCUCAAGAUGUGUCGUCGACGCCGAGAGGUAGCCCACCGAAAUUAACACGCGAGAAAACGGUCUCUUUGCCGCCCAGAAGACGUUUGUUUUCGAGAACCGAUGAGGAUAAUGUACCGGCAGUCGUGCCUGUUGCCGCCACGGUCGCGUCCACAGUCCCGGCUAGGGCGAGCGGAUGUAGGAGUUCUUCCGAAACAUCAGUCUUCGAUUUCCGGGAGAGUGACUCCGAAAGCGAGAUGCCUGUUCUCGAGCGGCAAACCUUGGAGGAAAUGAGAAGAGAUAGAAAGCAGUUAUCCAAAGUGCAACCCCCGAUACCUCUCAAUGAUGCUGUAUGUAUGAAUAUGGCAUCUUCUACGGAUCUCGUGAAGAUAGAGCUAAAGGAGAACGAUAAAAUUAACGACAUGGAUCCAUUCUGGAGUAACGCCUGUGAUAAGUUUAUGGAGCAAUUACGCGCGGGCGAUGCCGUAAAGAAACGUGGACGUAGAAAAAAAGUGAGUGGUAUCGCAACGUCGAAACUUGAAGACGCAGUUAACGAUAGCGACAAGGAAUCUGAUACCAAUGCAUCGCAUUCUCGAAUCAAGCCCGAAGACAUCAAGAAGGAGAUAUCGGAUUCAUCUAAUAAGGAUGAUAAAAAUUCGAUUUUCAAGGAUGUUAAGAUUAAGACGGAGGCUGGGUUGAGGAAGGAAGAUGAUAAACACUCAAGCGACGAUUCAGACGAAGUGCCGUUAAUUAAAAGAACAAGACAGGAAGUGAAGAAGGAAGAUAGUGAUUGUGAUGAGGAAGUGAUAUGCCGAAGAAGACGAAUUCGUAGGAUCAAGCUUGAAUCUUCUAGUGGCAGCGAAUCCUCGAGCGAAGACAGUGAUGUGAGUACCGUAUUUGGUCAUGGUUCUUCAGUUGCUGACAGACUUCGAGCUAGGAAACGAUCUAUAGCUAAUGUGUCUGAAGGUAUGAAGCUUCGUUCGAGAGACACUACUCCUCAUAAGGCAAAAACAGAGAAGGAAUCCAAAUUGUCGCCUCCUAAAGGUGGAACGUCUCAAAAAGCGAAGCCGAAACCGUUGUUUGGUGACGGUAGUGAUUUUAGACCUGGUUGGGAAGAGGAGGUUUACGUUUACAAAAAAUCUCUAAGAAUGCCACCCAGAUUGAUUACAGUGUCAAAACCAUCGCGUUUUCAUCGACUAUCCACGUCAUUGCCAGAUUUAGAUCCUGGUUCGCCGGCAUUGUCUGUCUCGAUGGAUAGUUCCGACGUGUGUCUCAGUCGUAAUAAGAGAGACAGUGACAUGGAAUCUAAUUACAGUUUCAGCAUUAUGGGACUUGGCAGUAAGAUUGAUGACGAAGAGGCGACUUCAUCAACAACAGUUUCUUGUCCGCCGAAGGCGAUGAUGAAACAUUUCCGAUCGGAUAACAAUUCUAUUGUCGAUGUUCUCGCGCAGAAAGUCGGUGGUGGUCAGAAAGAGUCAAAAAAGAAACAAAAUCUGAAAAGUAAUAAGAGCAGUAACGUUAAUAAAAGCAAUAACGAACCGGAACUUUUACCAACUCCAGGUCUUGCACCGCUUCUGUCAUCCGAAACAUCAAAGAAUCUUAAAAACAAGAUUGCGUUGAAGAAUAAUAGAAAUCCAAUUAAAGUUACCAAUUCCGUCCUCCUCGGUUAUUUCCGCAAAGAGACGGUGAAUAAUUUCCGUGAUGCAUUCAAGAACAAUCACACAUUACCCAAUGAAUUCUCUACUCUAGUAUUGAAGAGUAGAACCAGAACGGAGACGAAAGUCUUGAAGAAGGAAACUACUAUUCGUGAAGUGUUCGGCGAGGAUAGGCCUGCGUCAGCCCCGCCGAUGCAAAAUCGCGAUGACACAUCACAAGAUGACGAUUCGCAAAAUGAAACGCCAGAGAAUGCAUUAGGUAAGGUACGAACAUUAAAGCAAAAAGUGGUGUCUCGUUUGAGGAACGCUGGUAUACUUCGAAGUCACAAAGCUAUUGCGAAUUCGAAACGUCAUCUAUUAACUGCUGAGAGGCGAAAGGAUCUCCUCAAAUCACUUGCUAAUAAGAAACUACGUCGUAUUAAGACUGAGAUAGAACAAGAAGAGACAAACGACACCAGAGAAGAGGAAAAUAACGAGAUGGAAGAUGAUAAGAACGAUUUGGAGAUUCGUAAUAAAAAGAAAUUGAAACUUCGACCUGGCCGACGAAAAUUCCGUUCUGGAUUUGAUUACAUCCGUAAGAAGAAGAAGCCAUUAAAAAAAGACGAGACAUUGCCAAAGGAAAGAAAGAGACAAAGUCAAGCUAAUAAACCAAGCCCGGAGUGCGUAGCCGAUAUUCAGUCUGAGAUUAGAACGUGGGUUAUCAAGAAGGGCGUCGGGGAAACUAUAUUACACCGCGCUGCCCGUCUCGGUUAUACGGAUGUGACUGCUUAUUGUCUAGAGAAGCUCAAUAGUGCGCCGAGUCCUAAAGACAACGCGGGAUAUACACCACUUCAUGAGGCGUGCUCCAAGGGUCAUCUGGAGAUCGCAAAACUCUUACUGGCUUACGGUGCGAAUGUAAGCGAGAGUGCUAAUGGUGGUAUCAGACCACUUCAUGAAGCGGCGGAGAAUGGUGCUACAGAACUUGUGCGAUUGCUAUUAUCGUACGGUGCCGAUCCAUUAUUGGCUACUUAUUCCGGACAAACACCUUUGUUGUUAGCUGUUGAUACCGACGCUAAUGUCAUUCUAGAACAGCACCUGGCUGACAUUCAAGGUCGUACCACCAUGCCAUGGUCAUUUGCUGGUCCAUCUUCAAUUUUUGAUCCAGAAGAGACGGGCUACAGUCCGCUCGAUGAUGUUCCAUCGGACAAUCCUGAAUCAGAUGAACUAGAUGAUAUCGAAAUGGAAGUAAGCGACAUCAACUUGCCUGUCUUGUUCACCUUGAACAACGAUCCCGAUAAAUGGGUGCUGCUUCAAGAUCUCAUGGCGAUUUUGAAGAUAAAGAGUCGUGAUGCUCUUCUACGUCAAAUUAAUCCGAAAGCACAUUCUGGACCGCCUGCAAUCGCGCAUCGUGAAGUCAUGCGUGAGCUAAAGUUGCCAGAUUUCCUGGAACAAUCUCGUUGUUGUCACCUGUUGAGCGGCGGCGAAAGGAUUAAUGUGCGUGGUUCCAAGGUCAUUCUUAUCAAGUACAACGACAAGGUGAAGUCUCUGUUGAACGUAGAGAAAGUGCUAAUCAGCCUUAGGUGACAAGAGGCUUCUCUGGGGCGAUCAUCUCCCCAGAUAUCGAAACCAUCAACUUCGAUUUCAGCUAAGGAACAUCAGAAAAAAGUUGAAGGCAAAGCUAUAAAACGCGAUCGACAACAUGGAAAAAAACGACAAGAAACACGUAACAAAAAUUCUGCGGACUGAGCGAUUUAUUCUUUAACUA